GUUCGCCGCUUACUUGGCUGGACGAGGCGUCCGCCGGGACACGGGGGUGGUGGGUGGUGGAGAUGCCUGGGGGGUGCGGUUAAAGGACGCGCUAGUGGCAGCCGGUCAGGUGCUCCUGAUCCACAUUUUCAAAGUGACUUUGACAUGCAAACACCAGGCGGAGACUCUAACCAUCAAGCUCGUCAAAGUUAUUUCGCAGAUAUGGUGGACACCCAGCAGCUCCUUGCCUGGCCCGUGGGCUUCAGUCUGAGCGCCGCCGAUCUGCCCGAACUGGACGAGAGCUCCCACUCGUUGGAUGCCAAGCACCUGACCACAUUGGACUACACCUCCAUCUCAUCCUCGUCUUCCUCCCUGUCACCCUCGCUCUUAUCCUCCAUGUCUUCUGUCGGCGUGACCUAUGACCCCAGUCCGCUGCAGGGCGAGGACCACCUCACCAACCUGGACUACACCAGUAUGCACAGCUACAGGACUCACACGGACAUGCACAAUUCCAUCAAAUUGGAGCCAGAGUCGCCUCCACAACACACUGAGAGUCCGGCGUUCUCCAAGCUCCUGGACGACGCCUCAACAGCCGUGCUCAACAUUGAGUGUCGCGUGUGUGGAGAUAAAGCCUCCGGAUUUCACUACGGGGUCCACGCUUGUGAGGGAUGUAAGGGUUUUUUCAGGCGCACCAUCCGGUUAAAGCUGGUAUACGAUCACUGUGACCUUCACUGUCGCAUUCACAAGAAGUCCCGCAACAAAUGUCAGUACUGUCGCUUUCAGAAGUGCCUCAACGUCGGCAUGUCACAUAAUGCUAUUCGUUUUGGCCGGAUGCCCCAGGCGGAGAAGGAGAAACUGCUGGCGGAGUUCUCCUCCGACAUUGAGCACAUUCACCCGGAGGCAGCCGAUCUGAGGGCCUUGGCCAAACAUUUGUAUGAGGCCUAUCUCAAGUACUUCCCCCUCACCAAGGCCAAGGCCAGGGCCAUCCUCUCUGGCAAAACCGGAGACAAUGCACCUUUUGUCAUCCAUGACAUGAAGUCUCUGAUGGAGGGUGAGCAGUUCAUUAACUGCAGGCAGAUGCCUUUUCAGGAGCACCAGCAAGAGGCUUCUGCCCUUUCUGCUACGAACGGAGGUGCUGUCCUGGGGUCGGAGUACAGCUUUCUGGGAAUGACGAGCAUCACAGACCACGGAACGACAAAUGCAGUUGAGCUGCGUUUCUUCUACAGCUGCCAGUCGCGCUCGGCCGAGGCCGUGAGGGAAGUGACUGAGUUUGCCAAGAGCAUCCCAGGAUUCGUCGACCUGGAUCUCAAUGAUCAGGUGACGUUGCUCAAGUACGGCGUGAUCGAAGUCCUCAUCAUCAUGAUGGCGCCCCUGAUGAACAAAGACGGCACCCUGAUCUCGUACGGCCAGAUCUUCAUGACGCGGGAGUUCCUGAAGAGUCUCCGGAAGCCGUUUUGCCACCUGAUGGAGCCCAAGUUCGAGUUCUCUGUCAAAUUCAACACGCUAGAGCUGGACGACAGCGACAUGGCAUUGUUCCUGGCCGUCAUUAUCCUCAGCGGAGACCGUCCGGGCCUCUUGAACGUCAAGCCCAUCGAGCAGCUCCAGGAGACGGUGCUGCACUCCCUGGAGCUGCAGCUCAAAGUCAGCCACCCGGACUCCCUGCAGCUGUUCGCCAAGCUGCUCCAGAAGAUGACCGACCUGCGGCAGAUCGUCACCGACCACGUGCACGUCAUCCAGCUGCUCAAGAAGACCGAGGUGGACAUGUUGCUGCACCCGCUGCUGCAGGAGAUCAUGAAGGACUUGUAUUAGGAGCGAGACCACGACGGACGCAUGAGGUUGCAUCAAGGGUCCGGAAUUGAGAAAGAGACCAGGCGAAAACAUGAAGGUCAGGCGCCUCGUCUAGACUGUGUACACUCAUUCCUGACAUGGUUUUGGCUUGCAAAACCACAGCGUGCCGUUCUGAUUCCGACCCGAGAGAUUUCUGAUUGGCACGCUGAACUCGUGAUGGAGGCCAAAUGUAACUGUGAACGCCACACAGUGUGCUUGUAUGUGGCUUAUCAUGCCUAACACACGCAAAGCUUGAGAAUUUCCAUGAUGUUCAGUGACGUCAUGGGAUCAAUUGCGUAACUCCCCCACACACCCCCCAAGCAAUCUGAAGGUGCCAUCUUGUUAUGGAAAUCCGCUUCAUCUGACCAAUGAGAUGAACAAUCAGAUUGUUCCCUGUCACAUAUUUUUACUCUCAGCUGUCAAGGAACAAUCAAGACGAGCAUGUCACUACUGUGCCUUUGAACUGUAAAAUGUAUUUUGCAUAUAGUGGAAACAUCAAUGUUGCUCUCAUUUCACAACCAACGUUUUCCCCCCCUGGAAAUAUGGUAAACGAAAAUCGAAAAACCUCCAGUAGUUCAAGCCAGCAACCCCACCCACCCACCCACAAAAAAAAUGUAAUUCCAAAUUAUAUUAUCGUAUUUCUCCUGAAAAUGACUUGCGGAAAAUUGGAUUUUGGAAAAAAUGGAGUGCAAAAACAAAACAAAACACGGUGCACAGCUUCUCCAUAACGCCCUUUUGAAAUAAAUGAAUGCAUUCCAGCAAUGUUUUUAAGGAAAAUAUGACUGUUCAUUAUUGUUGGAUAUAAAAGCAUACAAAAUCAAAUAGAAUGUACAGAGUUCAGGUUUUUGCAUCACAAUUUCCUGUUUUAAUUCAGUGGACAUUGUGUUGGUCCUUGUGGUACGUAUUUGUACCUCGGUCACCAGGGAGCACUAUAAUACAUAGAGUGGGGCCAUUGUUUUGCUGUUUGUUUGUUUGUUUUGUGCUUCCACUUGUGAGGACAAAGUUGAGUUACAAGGGCUAUAUGGUGGCAGUGGACUCAGCUCAACUCACUUGAGAAGAAGCAGCACAUUAGCAAAUAGUGAAAAAGGAUUUUAAGAAAUUGCUUCAAAGUCUUUAUUGUCCCCGCUGAGGUUUACUGUCCAAUUAAACGGCAAGUAUAGAGAACUACAUAACAUACAUACAUAACUACAUAUAUUUAAAACAAUCACACAGUUUAGCAUGUCUCGCCACUAGCCUUAUGCUAAUGCUAAACAGCAUGUAUGUUGUACUGCUAACACCAAUGGUACAGCAACACAUGUAGACCAACAAAAUUCGAGUUUUUAUAGUCAUAUUUUAUUUAUCCUCUGCAAAAAAAAAAAAAAGACUAAUAUUAGUGCUGCACUGAUGGGUCUUGAUCUCUGUUUUACACUGCCCCCGGUGGCCAAGGCAGGCACACUGGAAAUAGUGGCCUAAUGGCUAUUUAAUUGAUGCAAUGUGAGAAAAACUUUUAUUCUUUUUCAUUUUAUUUAUGUCAUUACUGUAUGUGUUUAUAAAAUACUAAUGUCCAUAGUGAUAUUAUGGGAUGAUAUUUUUCCUUAUUAUAAUACACACAGCACCGUGUAUUUUUUGGGGGGGUUGGGGGGUUAAAAAGAGAUUACUGGCAUUUCCAUUCAUUUCAAUGGGAAAAGCUGAUUUGAGAUGUUUUGAGAUGUGACCGUGGUCAUGGAAGAAAUUCAAUUAAUGUUUCAAGACACCACUGUACUUACGCCGUAAAAUGCAGUAAUUCUCAUUUUCAGUAGAGCAUAAAGAAUACAUACCUGUGAGUAUUGAUAACGUUACUGCAGCGUUCUCGUUCAGCUAUCAGUUGUUUCAAGGUUUAUCAGUACCAGUCGUGAAUGCACGUGAGCCUAUUUGUGGGUUUUGUGCAUUGUGUAGUUUCGAGUUAGCUGACUUUCAUAAAGUGGAGUUCAGAUGGUUUUGUAUUUCUCUUUAUUUUAUGUUCAAUUUUACAGUCGACUUCAACUGGGAGUGGCAAUAAAGCAGCCCGAAGCCAACGGACGUCUUCGCUGUAUGCCAGAGUGCUGCCUGUUGUUGUGAAAGUUCCUGCUGCCAUCUAACUCGAGUCAUUGCUCCCAACACAAGGCAAAAUGAAAAAAUAAAAGAAAAAUAAUCCGCUGAGCAACUGCUCGUAUCUUGAAAAAUUUUGGUCACUUGUAUGAUGAGGUAGAGUGCGGGGGGACUAGUGGUUAGUGCCGUUGCUGAAGAAAGUCUAGAGCAGGGGUGUCGAUCUCAUUUUUGUCGCAGGACACAUUCUAGUUACGAUUUCCCUAAGAGGGCCGUUAUGGCUGUCAAACCAUGAAAAUCUUUUGCCUCAUCAUAUUUACACAUGAACUUUAUGAGCUAGUUUUGCAAUCGGAAAUCAAGGGUAAUGGGCUUUUGAACUAUUGCUGAUGUUUGGGCACACAAUCCAUGCAAUAUCGCAACGUUAUCAUUUAUGACAUGACAAUUUGAAAUUUUGGGACCGAUUUUAACACAAAUCCUGGAAGUUGAAACUCGUAAUUUGCCUUCUCGGGCCACACAAAAUCAUGUGGCGGUCCGGAUCUGGCCCCCGGACCUUAAGUUUGACACCCUUGGUCUAGAGGUUCUUUGUUUUAGAUCUUGGAUUGAGCCAUCCAUUUUCUCAGCCGCUUAUCCUCACAAAGGUUGUGGGAGUGCUGGAACCUAUCCCAGCUGUCAUUGGGCAGGAGGCAGGGUCCACCUUGAACUGGUUGCCAGCCAAUCGCUGGGCACAUCAAGACUGUCGCACUCACAAUCACACUUAGGGGCAAUUUAGAGUGUCCAAUUAAUGUUGCAUGUUUUUUGGGAUGUGGGAGGAAACCAGAGUGCCCGAAGAAAACCCACGCAGGCACUGGGAGAACAUGCAAACUCCACACGGGCGGGGUUGGAAUUUGAACCCUCAGAACUGUGAGGGCAACGCCCUAACCAGCAGCACCUCCGUGCCGCCAAGUGAGCCUUUCUCUAUUUUCGUGCAUUUUCAUCACGCUUUUGGUUACUCCAGCUUCCUCCAACAUUGCAAAAACAUGCAUGUUAGAUUUAUUGAAGACUCCUAACUCUUGGUUUUCGUUCUAUAUGUGCCCUACGAUUGGCUGAUGACCAGUCCAGGGUGUAACCUGCCUCUCGCGCAAAGUCCCCCACGAUAGGCUCUUUGCCAUCAUUAGUAAAGUUCUGUGGUCAUGUCACACAGACAAAAAAAGCCAAAGAAAAAGCAAAACACUUGUGAAUUUAAGUUGAGCUUCAGUCUUAUGAAGCCUCGGCACGUGACAAAGGCUUGAACUCUUACAUUUGUUUUACUUCUGAGAUGCCGACUUUAGAGGGUCCAUUGUACACAUACAAUAUGUACAUAUAAAAUGUAUUGUUUGUGUUCUAUAUUUGUUAUUAUAUAUGUAUUUUUCUGCACCGUUGCUGUUUUUUUUUUUUUUUUUUUUUUUUUUUUUUUUUUUUUUUUUUGUUAAAAUUAUUUGAACUCACGUGUCAAUGCAAAGUUCCGGACGUGCCUUAUCCAUCGAUCAAGAUGUUUUCUUGUAGUGAACACAGAUGAAGGGACCUGAUUAUUUGUUGCAAUUAAAUCAAGAUAUUUUCUAACUUUUUGCACAUUCGUCUCCUGUGGAACGUUGCACAAGCGUCUGGAAAAACAUUUCCAAAUUGCUUCCCUGAGAGCCUCCACUCUUGGAAGUGUAUUUUACAACGGUGACAUCAGCACCUCUUAGCAAACCCAUACACACACACACACACACACGCACACACCCUUUGGUGCGAUUGCAACACUCCUUUUUUUUUGUGGCAUUCAAAAUUAUAUUUAUGUGUUCAUGUAAUCAUCCCCUUUUGUUCCCCUGGUUUUAACGUGUCUUUUGAAGAGGUGAGGCAGUGUGGAUCACAUGACAGCAGUCAAGGUCAAUGUGAGGACGUUCACAUUAGCUGUGAGGUCAUUUCAACAAGACCACACACUCAUAAGUUUACAAAGAGCCUUAUCUUUUCUUCUUUUUUUUUGACCAUGUUCCUUUUAAAUGACUACAUUAAAAUGCCUUC